AUGACGGGAGAGGAUGAAGGGAUGAUAUUGCACGAAGAUGAUGGUUUAAUCGAGAAUAAUUUUGUGGAUGCAUCGUGUUUGUUAACAGACGAUUAUGUGGUGGGGGGCAGUAAUGAUGACUGCAAUAAUGAUCUGCAACUGUCCUUUUCAAGCAUACUCGAUGAAGCCGAUGCAAAACUGACAGCAGUAGUUGAGAGUGUGGCCAGCAGUGCAGCUAGCAACGAUAAUGACAACACGUUAUCACCCGUCAAAGCAUUGAUUAAUGAUAAUAAUAAUCAGGAGAACAAUAAUAAUGGUAGUAAUGGUUGUUUGAUGGUGAAUCAGAUGUAUGAAGAGAUUGAAGGCGAUGCGAAUGGCACAGUUGUUGCUAUGGUUAUGAUAUUGAGAUGUUUAAAGAUAGUGCGAUGUGAAUAUUGUGGUGUGAUUCUGAAACAUCCAUCGAAGAUUCAAGCACAUAUGCGGACACAUACAGGCGAGAAGCCGUUCGAGUGUAAUAUCUGUGGAAUGAGAUUCACACAACGGACACCGAUGCGAAUGCAUGUGAGAAGACAUAUUGGCGAUACACCGUUCAAGUGUUCAUGGGGAUGUGGAAAGAGUUUCGUAUCGAAUGCCAUUAAAAACGCACACGAAUUGAGGAUUCAUAUGGGCGAAAAACGGUUGUUAUUUUUAUUGUUUGGUACUUUUUUUGAUUCGUUUUGCUUGUUGAUUACAAAGCAAGGACCGCCAUGUCCGCACCUGAAACCUCCGCGCCGUUCAAUUCCACUGCGAUUCCAAACGUCUGCCGAAGAGUUGAAUUUAUUCGAAUCCACCUCUGGAACGUCAGCUGAACCGUUGAUUGGAGAACACGAAGUGGAUGAUGAGGAGGAGGAGGAUGGCGUUCACUUCAACGAUAAUAACUUUGCAAUUGUGCACUUCGAACCACCACUGGGUGAUAUCAUUAAACAGCAACAGAUAGCGAAUAAGAGAUUAGAUGAGAUAAUCGAAUCAGUGGCAUCGGGAAUGAAUGUUGAUUUACCGUCGUUGCGUUCAUCGAGAGGCAAGAGGCACAUAGCAGCGAAUGAGACAACGAGCAAAACGAGACGAUCAGCGCUGGUGGCGCAGUGUGAAGAGUGUGGUCUGAUCCUGAAACAUCCAUCGAAAAUACAGGCGCAUCUGAGAACGCACACGGGCGAGAAGCCGUUCGAGUGCGGCGUGUGUGGAUGGCGAUUCUCGACUGCGAAUCCACUGAGAGUACAUCUGAGACGGGCGCAUACUGGAGAAAAGCCGUACGAGUGCACAUGGGACUGUGGCAGAAGAUUUGUGACAGCAUCUGCACGUAACGAACACGAACGCAUCGUGCACGCUGGCAUUAAA